GCAAUAAUAAACAAACUUCGUACCGAAAGAAAAACGCUGCCGGCACGUUCCACGAUGCGUGUUCUCACUGAUGCAGCUUGCAUUCGAGUGCUUUGUAGUGAAAAAUUGUUAAUAGCCAUUGGAAACCAGUUGCUGCUGGUGUACCUCACACCGAAUGGAAGGACCAAUCGUACGUUUGCCCAGUUGCCACGGCUUGUAGAUAAGAUCCAUGGCAUUGAAGCAUGCAUUAUCGAGUCGGGAAAAUAUCUCGUAAUUAUACACGCCGGUCGUGAAGCGUACUGUGCUGUUUUAGAUUGCCAAACGCACACGUUCGGCGACAGUGCAAUGAUUGUUAUGCCUGAAGAACGGAAUGAACAACCGGUGCCUCACAUUCGACGACGACUGCACGAUUGGAUUAGCAGCAUAUCUCUGCUAUCUCCUACACAGCUGUGCAUUGUAACGUGCCACGGUGUGGCAGCAUUAUUAAAGCGCGAUAAUAACAAUCACUCCCGGCAAUGGGAUUUGGUCGAUAAAAGCCCCUGUGAGGAUGGAUCUACGCUGUACUGUUCCACCAUCACUGGUCGGCAAUGGGAGAACGUAGUGAUCCUUUCCGGAACUGCUCUCGGUCUGCUACUGAUCUGGUCUGCAGCUGGCCCAGGUGGCCGUGGGAAGGUGCUGAAAAGUGUGUCAGCACAUAAUGGAGUGAUAUUUUCAAUAGCAUGUGAUUUUGAUUCCGGUCUGCUGACCACCACUUCCGAUGAUCGUUCGAUAAAGUUUUGGAAUGUAAAAUUAUCCGUUAGCAGGGAAGAUUGUACCAAGGCGGUUUCGCUUCGCGAGGAACGGUAUUGCUUUGCCCACACCGCCAGGGUAUUUCAGUGUCGGAUUAUAAAUGGAGCACACCGAACAUUAGUUGCAUCGAUCGGCGAAGACUCUCACCUCUGCCUGUGGACGACGGAUGGAAACUUGGUGCUGAAAAAACGAAUCGACGAAGGACCAACGCUGUGGCACAUGGACUAUGAUCCGCAAAGGGCCACCAUUUUCAUAACGGCAAGCAAUGGAAAUUUGCACAAGUACUGCAUACGACACUUGAUCGACGAUAGUGAUCAUCUCUGCAGAGAUCAAACUGAUAUGAUGGACAUAAGCCCAGUACUGCCAGUUGGUGAACAUUUGGCCAAAAUUAAAUUCUUACCCAACGGAUGUAUGGUUGCGGUAACGAACCAAAGUCGGAUUAGGCUGCUGGAGAACGAUGGCACAAUAGGACACUGUAUCGACAAGCAGGAGGAUUUCAAAUGUAGCCUAAUAGAAACGGGAGCAACUUACCUCUACCUAGCCGGUGGUGGCUGCAGUAUCAAAAUUUACGACGUCGGUGAAAAGAACUGUGCACGUCUCGUAAGGAGCGCAACCGUGUCUUUUCUGCAGCAACCAUUCGUGUGUGAGCAUGAGGUUUCAGAUGUAAAGGAGGGUACGAUCAGGUCCUUAAACUAUUGCCCUCGAUCGAAGAAUGUUGCCAUAUGCGAUGUUAGUGGACGCUGCAUCGUGCUAGACGAGACACUUGAAACAAUCGUAUCUAGUCACAGAAUACCUCUCUCAGCUGAACGCUGGUUAACAUCCUUUGUGGUGCUUAAUGAGGAUUUAUCAUUAAUGGCCGACCGAUCGGGACAUUUGUAUCUCUUUGACAAAGCUUACACUGAUCAUGUUUUUAAACUGACAAAUGUCCAUGGAAAGCUAGGCAUCACCUCUUUCACAAUCGAAGAAAAUUCUCUGCAAGCUUUAAAGGAUGGAUUUAACAUAAAAACAACGGGCCACGAUGGACGAAUUUGUGAACUGUUUGUGAAUACAGUCGCAAGAAAGAUAGAGCUGCUUACUUUUACCAAAUCGAUCAUCAGUUGGAUCGAUCGUAAGAUGGUUCGUGCCGCUGGCACGCUCUAUCUCGGAUUCAAUGAUUCACAUUUCCUUAUGGCCGAUCACACCAAUGAGAUACACGUUCAAUUUGACUGUGGCGGAGGACACCGUUGUUGGGAUUUUUACUACGACCAAGCUUCGGAAACUUUCUCCUACGUUUUCAUUCAACACAAACGACUGAAAAAUGUUCAGUUUACGAUGCGAAAUAAUGUUGGUAGUGAACUGAGACUACCACGGUUUAACUGGCACACUCGAUCGUGCAAUGUGUUGCAGGUAGUAGGGCGUGCCGAUUCUUACUUAAUGUUUUCCGGAGGUGAAGACAACAUUCUUCGGAUAAAUGUACUGAACCAGGGUGAGAUAGUAGAAGAACCUCGUAAACAUCUGUUUAAUCACAUUUCGAGUAUAAAAACAAUCAUCAUGAAACCCCGACCAGAAACUGACUCUCUGCUGGUCAUCUCUGCCGGCGGAAGAGCACAGAUAUGCGUGACGAGCGUUGAUCUGAAAAGCUUCCGCAUCAAACAAGAGUGCGAGUAUAUGCUGCUGGCCACAGAUUCCGAGCGGACGCGCUGGAAAACGAAUCGAAAGUCUACCUUCGAUCCGGAAACAAAGUUCAUGUGUGCCGCCUUUCUUUCAAACGAUCGGAUCGUAUUCGGUUGUUCGGAUGGAUUUAUUAGAAUCUACCAACUUGCCUUUACUGACGCUGGACAGGUUUCGUUAGCGUUGACGAAGGAAAUAUUUUACGGGCGAUGUAUUUUGAAAAUGACCACCGUGGAGAUGGACGAACAGUCAAUAUUUGUUUCGUUGGCCACCGAUGGACUGUUAUGCUUUUGGGAUGCAGUCCACAUUAAUGAACCGUUCUAUCGCCACCGUCACCAUAGCAGUGGAGUUAAUGCCGUCGAUGUGAAGCGGGUCGAUCAGGCGACAUUUUUGUUUGCCACUGGAGGUGAUGAUCAAUCGAUAGCGGUAUCUUUGCUGGAAUGUACCUUCCUUGAGGGAAAGCCACACAUUCGGGUGUUGAGACAAUUGUGUGAAAAAUAUCUGCAUACUGCCCAAGUAACUGGUUUGAAGUUGCUUGAUGAUAGUCGAAUGAUUAGCGUUGGUAUCGAUCAACGAGUUUAUGUGACCAAUUUCGCCGACUACGAGAAGCUCGUAGUCGAACGUACCACUAAUACGUGUAUUGCGGACUUGAAGGGUGUAUCGCUGCUGCCGGACGAGAGUGAGCUGAUUCUAUAUGGUUGUGGAGUAGAAAUUAUGCCACUGCAAAGCCUUUGAUGGUUACAGCUGCUAAUCUGUAGCUUAAUACCGAUGGAAAAUGUAGCAGUUUUGCAGUGAAUUAAAUGGUUGUACGAGAGGGCUUUAAACCCCGGUAUAGAUGCAUUUGCCUACUAACAUUACUUCAGUAGCUGGUAGUUAGAUUUCGGUAUAAAUUUCAUCUAUGAUUAAAUAAAAUUGAUUGACACAGUUCAUUUAAGCAUUCCAUUA